AUGGCAAACCCUACCCAAAUCUUUGCUGAGGACGUUCAAGAAGAAAAAGGCGAAAAUGCCCGUCUGUCCGCUUUCGUUGGGGCCAUUGCGGUCGGCGACCUCGUCAAAUCCACCCUCGGUCCCAAAGGCAUGGACAAAAUUCUCCAAAGUGCCAGUACUGGCUCCAUCAUGGUCACCAAUGACGGAGCAACCAUUUUGAAGUCAAUAGCACUUGACAAUGCGGCCGCAAAGGUCCUCGUCAAUAUUUCCAAAGUCCAAGAUGACGAAGUGGGAGAUGGUACAACUUCGGUCACAGUUCUCGCUGCAGAAUUACUAAGAGAGGCCGAGAAACUCGUGUCUCAAAAGAUACACCCUCAGACCAUCAUUGAAGGCUACAGAGCGGCAUCGCAGGCUGCACUACAAGCAUUGGAGAAGAGCGCAGUCGACAACAGUAAAAACCCAGAGGCAUUCCGCAAAGAUCUCCGAGCCAUUGCCCGAACCACCCUAUCCUCCAAAGUCCUCAGUCAAGAUCGCAAUCAGUUCGCCGAUCUGGCAUGUGACGCCGUCCUCCGCCUGAAGGGAUCUAUUGAUCUCAACCACAUCCAAAUAAUCAAGAAGUCCGGUGGAAAGCUAAGUGACAGCUAUUUGGACGAAGGAUUCAUUCUUGACAAGAAAGUUGGAGUAAACCAACCCAAGAGACUGGAAAAUGCAAAGAUCCUCGUCGCCAACACCGCCAUGGAUACUGACAAGGUCAAGAUCUGGGCAUCUCGCAUCAAAGUCAGCUCACCUAAGGAACUGGCCGAACUGGAAAAGGCCGAGCGUGAGCGAAUGAAGGCAAAGGUCGAACGUAUUAAGGCUCAUGGAAUCAAUUGCUUCAUCAACAGACAGCUCAUCUAUAACUGGCCCGAGCAACUUUUCACCGAAGCCGGCAUCAUGAGCAUCGAGCACGCCGACUUUGAUGGAGUCGAGCGCCUUGCCCUCGUGACUGGCAGCGAAAUCGCCUCGACAUUCGACCAUCCAGACCAAGUUCAGCUUGGUCAUUGCGAUUUGAUCGAAGAAGUCAUUAUUGGUGAAGAUACUUUGAUCAAAUUCUCCGGCGUGGCAGCAGGCGAGGCAUGCACAAUUGUGCUCCGCGGUGCGACCGAACAACUCCUUGACGAAGCCGAACGCUCCCUGCACGACGCACUGGCCGUGCUCUCCCAGACCGUCAAAGAACCCCGCGUCACACUCGGAGGCGGCUGCGCUGAAAUGGUCAUGGCGAAGGCCGUUGACUCGCUUGCCCAGAAAGUCGGCGGCAAGAAACGCAUCGCCAUUGACUCUUUCUCCACUGCGCUACGCCAACUCCCCACCAUCCUUGCUGACAACGCCGGUCUUGACUCCUCUGGUCUGGUGUCCGAACUCAGAAGCGAAGUCUACCGUGGCAUGACGAGCAGUGGUCUCGACCUGUUGACUCCCGGUGGUGGAAUCACAGAUAUGCGUGAGCUCGGCGUCAUCGAGAGUUAUAAAUUGAAGAAGGCCGUUGUUAGCUCCGCUAGUGAAGCUGCCGAGUUAUUGCUUCGUGUCGACAACAUCAUCCGUGCUGCGCCUCGGCGGAGGGAGCGUAUGUAA